GAACCAAGACUCAUCACGAGAACAAAAUUAGAUAAAUUAAUCAAAAAAUAAGGAAGCAAGUGAGAUCCAAUGGCGAAGAGAGAAGAGGAUGUGAAGCUUCUAGGCUUUUGGGCAAGCCCUUUCAGUCGCAGAGUCGAAAUGGCUCUCAAACUUAAAGGCGUGCCUUAUGAGUACUUGGAGCAAGACUUGAUGAACAAGAGCCCUGUGCUUCUUGAGCUAAAUCCGGUUUACAAGAAGGUUCCGGUUCUUGUCCACAAAGGUAAAAUAUUGCUCGAGUCACAGCUGAUCCUCGAAUACAUCGACCAAACAUGGACAAACAAUCCAAUUCUUCCUCGAGAUCCUUACGAAAAAGCUAUGGCUUUAUUCUGGGCCAAGGUUGUUGAUGAACAGGUCAAAAUAAGGUUCAGCACUCUGGUGAAAGCAGAGAAGGGAGUAGAGGUUGCAAUUGAGGAGGCCCGAGAACUCCUUACGUUUCUUGAGAAGGAAAUCACCGGAAAAUAUUUAUUCGGUGGCAAGACAAUUGGAUUUUUGGACAUGGUCGCUGGAAGCAUGAUUCCGUUUUGUUUGGCUCGGGGUUGGGAAGGUAUGGGAAUUGAUAUGAUUCCAGAGGAAAAAUUUCCUGAACUUAACAGAUGGAUCAAGAAUCUUCAAGACUUUGAGAUCGUGACGGAAUGCAUUCCUCCUAGAGAGAAACAAAUUGAGCAUAUGAAGAAAGUUGCAGUGCGUAUCAAAUCGGCAUAAGAGAUUAACUAUCAUAGUUUUUGGUCUGGAGUUGUUAACUAUAUUUUCCGUAGAACUGUUUGAACAAUCUAUUAAAUAAAGAUCAAUGAUACCUGCAUCAGUAAUGCUAAUAUUUUGUAUGAAAUCUAGAUAUCUCUUUACUAUUUUUAAUGAGGAAAAUGUUUGAUAAUGCA